GGAGGGCUCAGCCUUGAUGGAGAUUCUCUCCCCAGGCUACUGGCAGGAGCACGAUUUGGAGCUGGGAACUCUGGCUCCCCUCGACGAAGCCAUCCGCUCCUCAAUCUGGAGCAGCCCUGACAUGCUGGCCAGUCCAGACAGUCAGCCCUGGACAUCUGAUGAAACCGUGGUGGCGGGUGGCACCGUGGAACUGCAGUGCCAGGUGAAAGACCAUGAGGACUCAUCCCUGCAGUGGUCCAACCCUGCCCAGCAGACGCUGUACUUCGGGGAGAAGAGAGCCCUCCGAGAUAACCGGAUUCAGCUGGUUCGCUCUACUCCCCACGAACUCACCAUCAGUAUCAGCAACGUGGCUUUGGCCGACGAGGGCGAGUACACAUGCUCCAUCUUCACCAUGCCCGUGCGGACGGCCAAGUCCCUCGUCACAGUGCUCGGAAUCCCACAGAAGCCCAUAAUCUCUGGCUAUAAAUCACCAUUACGGGAAAAAGACCAAACCAUCCUAACCUGCCAGUCUUCGGGAAGUAAACCUGCAGCCAAGCUCAGCUGGAAGAAGGGUGACCAGGAGCUCGCUGGAGAACCGACUCGAGCACAGGAAGAUCCCAACGGGAAAACCUUCACUGUCAGCAGCUCGGUCAUCUUCCAGGUCACCCGGGAGGAUGACGGGGCGAACAUUGUGUGCUCUGUGAAUCAUGAAUCGCUACAGGGAGCCGAUAGAUCCACCUCUCAGCGCAUUGAGGUUUUAUACACACCGACGGUGAUGAUUAGGCCUGACCCGCCGCAUCCUCGCGAGGGACAGAAGCUGUCACUGCACUGUGAGGGCCAUGGCAAUCCCGUCCCCAAGGAGUAUGUAUGGGAAAAGGAGGGCAGCGUGCUCCCCUUGAAGAUGACGCAGGAGAGAGCCUUGAUCUUCCCCUUCCUCAAUAAAAGCGACAGUGGUAUCUAUGGCUGCACGGCCAUUAGCAAUAUGGGCAGCAAGAAGGCCUUCUACACUCUCAACGUGAACGACCCCAGUCCGGUGGCCUCGUCCACCAGCACCUACCAUGCCAUCAUCGGGGGGAUUGUGGCUUUCGUUGUCUUCCUGCUGCUCAUCCUGCUCAUCUUCCUUGGCCACUACCUGAUCCGGCACAAAGGAACCUACCUGACACACGAGGCGAAAGGCUCCGACGACGCCCCGGAUGCAGACACGGCCAUCAUCAACGCAGAAGGCGGGCAGUCGGGCGGGGAUGACAAAAAGGAGUAUUUCAUCUAGGGGCACCCGUCCGUCCACUUCCUGUGCCCCCCAGGGGCCCCGUGGGGACUGCUGGGGCCAUCACCAACCCGGACUUGUACAGAGCGACCCCCAGGGCCGCCCCUCCCGCUUGUUCCCCGCCCACCCACCCCCCUGUACAGAAUGUCUGCUUUGGGUGCGGUUUUGUACUAGGUUUGGAAUGGGGAGGGAGGAGGGCGGUGGGGGAGGGAAGGGUUGCCCUCGGCCCUUCCCGUGGCUUCUCUGCGUUUGGGUUACUAUUAUUUUUAUAACAAUCCCAAAUCAAAUCCGUCUCCAGGCUGGCAGGGCAGGGGUCUUGGCGCUAAGGCAAACACAGGCUGCAGUGUUAGGGGAGGCUGAAGGUGGAGGGGGAAGGGAAGGGAAAGGAGCCGGGGCUGGUGCAGUGUGGGGCAGGGGAGGCUCUCACCAGCUGGCGGUCAUCUAUAGGGGAGCAGCCUCCCGACUUCCCCAGGAGCUGGAGGCUUCUGAGCAGGAGCUCUGGAAGGGAGGCAGGGCCCACCUGGCGUGGCUCUUUAACCAGACAGGGAAGGGGACAGGAGUUGCGCCCUGCAGCCACGCUGGGACUGGGAGAGGACACAGGUCCCUGCAAGAGGGGUAGUGGAAGGAUGGCAGAGACUGACGCACCCACCCUCUGCCACACUCUAAAGGAAGGGGGCAGUGCCCGCAGGUGCUUUUCCCAGGAACUGCCCGCAGAGCAGAACAGGUUGCCACUCCUUCCACAGCAGCCUUCGGAGUGGGAGAGGGGCUGCUCCCGCCUAGGGCCCCAAAGUCUUCCCCUGGCCUGAAGCGUUGCACGGCAACCACUCCUCUCCUGGCAGUGCUCAGCAGCUCCUCCUCCAGCGCGGUGCCACCCUGUGCCCCUUUCUGUCGCCGAAGCCGGCCCUCAGCUCUUCCUCCCGCCGCAGUCAGGCAGAUCCAACAACAAAAGGAAUGACGGGAGCGUCACUGAGCUGAGCUGUUUUCUGCCCAAACUAAGGAACUAGCGUGAACUCUGAGUGUGUCCCAGUGUGAGUUUGUGUGCCUGUGUGUCCAUGUGCAUUGGCGUGUGUGUUGUGUGCAUAACAGAGCUGGAGUGUGUGCUGGGGAGGGCCUGGGUCCUGAGUGCGGUGGGGUGGGGGCUGUGGGAGGACAGGAGAAGGAGGGCUUUGGGGACAGAAGAUCCUAGUCAGGUACCUCCCUGGAGCUUGCCCUGUCGGGACAUAUUCCACGCCACCUCCAACGCCCUUGGAGAAAGAAGUCCCCGGAUGUGCUGCUGCUCAGUAGUCCCUCCCAUCUUUCCCUCAAACACAGAGCACUCAGACCCUGCCUCAUCUUCCCGCUUUCUGAGCCCCAGAGCCAGUGCCCCAGCCUUUGCUAUGCACCACCCCCCCGACCCCCCAGGCCUCUCCCUGGCACUGACCCUGGAACUUUCCCCACUCCCUACCCUGUGAGGUGAGUCGAGGGCUAGAAGAGAAACCCCUGUCUCCUUCCCAGCCUCACCCCUGCUUUUGAUUUUCUGUCUUCCUUCCCUGGCCCAGAGCAGGUUGUCAUGGAGAUGAGGUUGCUCCCCUCCCUGUCCCAGCCACUGGCCUGUUCCCCUCAGACCCAGGAUGCCUCUUGGCGCAGCUUUCACCUUCCUCCAGCAUGUCCUCCCUGCUCUGACCAUGGGCAUGCAAAACGGGGGCAGCUGCAAUCCCGCAGGCCUGCCCACCCCCUCAGUUCAGGUAGUAACCGCUGUGACUCUUCCAGCCGCUGGUUAGGGCCCUGGGCACCACAGGCAGUCCCUUCUCCAAGCCAGGGCCUCUCCUCUGACAGCAGCAAGGGCGUCUAGGACCCAGGCCCAUCUGGCUCCCUGGAUCCCAGCAUCCGCUUUUGGGCAAAACAACAUUUCCUCUUCAAGCUGAACCACUCUGUCCAUAUUACACAGAAGCCAUAUUUGUAUGGGGGGCGGGGGAGCGAGGGGCCUUUGUGCUGUGUGUGUCUGUCCGUGGGCGGGUGGGUGAGGGAGCAGGGAGGGACGGUGUAUCUUUAUAAUCUUUCUAACUCUCCUGUGCUAAUCUCCGAGGGGCCACCCUCAAUAUAUCUGGAUUCUCUGUG